AUGGCGGCCGCUGCGCAGCUCACGCAGGCGAUGACGCUAAAGAAGAACACUGUCGACUACAUCCCCAGCAAACUGGCGUACGACACAGCUAUUCCUGUUACCAUUCUAGAAGAUCGCAGCGACUUCAUCAAGAAAUGCAAACCCUACGACAUCAUUGAUGGACCGAAUCCACUCGAUGAGCCAGAGGCAACGGAUACUACGCGGCCGCAGGCGCAGUCUGCCCUUGUGUCGCCAGCGCCAGAGGUGAAGAAGUCGGAGCGCUCGUCAGGGCGCCCCAACCGCAAACUUCACUACUCGGCACUGAAGGCCGAAAAGCCGCACGCCGUCAAGCGGGAGAGAGACACUGAAGAAGGGCAGGAUGGGCCUGUCGUUGUAUUCACCCGACCGUCACGACACGGAUGGGCAGCGGAGCGUCUGGUGCAACAUCGACCGUAUCAGUUGGUGCGGUCGAACGAUAUGGAGACGCGUGUGCGGUAUGUUCUGGAUGAUGUCGACUACGAUUGGUGCGAGCGUCAUAACAUUUCUCCGGAGAGCCUGCAGCGCGGCGUGACUUACCUCGAGUGGGGGUACGUUUCCUCGCUCCUCCGGGCCGCGACGCCGCAUGUUGCCACUCCCAAAGACGCAGGCACCGUCGUCACUGAGUCUGUUGUCACCGGACACGGUGACGGGCACCACUCGUUGAGUACACUGUCUUCGUCUCUCGUUGGUGCCGCCGCGGCAGGCAACGGAAGGCAUACGACCUCAAGACGGCAGAACGGCAAGGACAAGACUAGUGCUGGGGAUGCUGCAAUGUGCUUGUGCGCCUUGUGCUCCAAGCCGGUGCAUCUGCUGACGUCGCAGCCGCGGUCUGGUGCACUGGAACCUAGUAAAGGCAGUGCCAACGCUCUCCGGAAACGAGGAGGCGAAACAACGCACUCGACUGGUGCGCUCUCGUCAUCACCGACUGCACGAGGCGGCGCGAGGGUAGGCGGCGGCCAUGCACGGGGCAUGUCUUCCCCGCAACCGUCGGGUCUCGCGCUGCCCACUAACAAGGCAUUCGGCGAUGCGUCGGCAGGGAUCGUGUCUCCGUCGCACAACCUUCCGAGCAAAGGACUCAGGUGCAGCAACUGCGGUGUCGCCGCGCAUUUGCGCUGCUGGUUUUUCUCAGAACCGCCGAAGCUACCAGAAGCAUGGAUAUGCGACGGCUGCACCAUUUACGCCCAUCACCGCAAGCGAAGCGCAGGUGUGUGCUGCAUGUGCGGCCGCGCCGGUGGGGUGCUUCUGCCCUAUGUCUCUUCGGCGCUAAAGGACGACAGUGACGCUGUCGAGCCUGGGCCACCGCAGACGCCCGCUUUCCACGGCCUCUCGUCGGCGGCUGCGCUGUUCGACACGGUCUGCCAUGCUGUGUGUGCUUUGAGCAUACCGGAGCUGGCUGUGCGCCCCCAGGUCACCGGUCUGCGACGCAACGGACUCGUCGAUGUGCAGAUGCGCCCGUACAUCUGCGCACUUCGCCGUGUUGGCAAACACAAGUACGCCAUGAAUUGCCAGUUUUGUCAGCAUGUAAGUGGCCGAUGUGUCCAGUGUUCACACCCGCAUUGCUUUGAGACGAUGCAUGCGUCCUGCGCAGCCGAAGCGCACACCGUGGAGUGCCAAGCUGAGUUGCUCUGCCUCCCUGCGGCUGCCAGUCCACGCAGCACGAGCGGCGGCGCACGAGGUGGCGAAUCGACUUCAGACGCCACCACCCAGCCUGUUUCGCUGGGCAGUUCACUGAGCUCCACCCUGAUGGGCACUGCCAACUGGACUAGCUGCUCGCCCUACUGUAGGAAGCACUACGGCUACUCCGUCGGGAACUCCGUCGGGUCUGCUGAGUUAGGCCGCAAGGCGGAGGCGGAGGCGCUGGCGCUGGACUUGACCGGGCUGCUUACGGGCGGCGAUGGAGUCACGUCGCCUGUGGUGCGCAAGCGUGGCCGCGGACGGCCGCCGGCGGCGCUGGUGAAGCAGCGAGAAGCAGAGCGCGACCUUAUUUUGAAGCUUCGCGCCUACUGGCUUGAACGCCGCGAGCAGCGCCGCCAGACAUCGGCGCAGCUCGCCAGUGAAAUCAAUGCACGUGUGCGGCCGAUUGUCGAGGCAUCGUUGCGGCCGGAGAUCGUCAAGAUUUCGGCGGAGAAAGUUCGACUUUCACACUUCCUCAGUCUCGUGCCGGAGUGGCAGUGUCAGCUCGUCGCCAUCGUCGAAGGCGAGCUGCCGCUGCCGGACGAGGAGUACGACGACGUGCAGAAGUUCCGAAAAGCGGCCCACACGCGUCGGUCCGGCAACACGCGCAGUUUGUACGACAAAAUGUGCGCAGCCACCGUGCAGCUUGGUCUGUUGUGCCGAGUGGCGGAGGCGAUAAAGGAGCAGUGCAGACUUCGGCGCACGAGCGUCGAGCAGGAGCUGGCGGCGCUCCGAAUUCUCAGUAGGUGGCAGUAG